GCAUCCGCUACCAGGUGGCGUUAUUGUAGGGAAUCCCCAAAACGUCAUGGAAAAGUCAACCAAGGACAAUUCGGGGUGUGACAUAGAAGAAAACGGUUAAUAAUUCUGGAUUUUACGCAUAAAUCCGGAAACAUGGAGGACAUAGGGGGGAGAAUUCCAAAUGUUCUAAUGGAACCAGUUAAGAGGAAACAGCUAGGAAAGCUUGUUGCACAAGGGCCUUUUGAAGGAAGUGGAAUGUUUGGAACCCGAGUUCUCUCCCCCAAGAUAUAUGAGGCGACUACUACCAACAACAAUGGCUUCAGUGGAGGAAGUUACAGAGCCAUGACCGUGGUCAACAACGAUACAGGAGAUCCCUACAACAUCAAGGUUUCCUCACGCAUGCAGCUGGCAACUCCCUCUCCUGAUGUGCAUCCUCCAUCAAUGUUUGACAAUCUAGCUCAACCAGAGGAUGACACGGCCAACACUCAAAGACUUGCCAUCGGGACGUCGCGGAGUACGUCAGUGGAAGUAAGUGAACAGUUGUUCAACCCUGGACGCUUUCUCUCACCAAAAUCACUGGCAAGCCAGACGAUGCCAUAUUCACCAGAAAGAGAAAAUGUGUCUUUGUUCAUCGAGAAAAUGCAUCUUCGAAGUGAUGAAAAAUUCACCUGCCCAGAAGACACUCUUCCAGAUACAGGCUUCCAGUUUCAAGAUCCUGGAGAUAUCACACAUGAUAAAGAUUUAUCUGGCAUGAUCAACGAUAUUGACAAAGAGUUGGACAAGGCUGUUCCAGGGCAAGACAAACAUGACUACGAAGAUUUUCAUGCAGUAAAUAGGAAAUGUCCCAUUGUUGAAGAAACAGUUCCAUCUCUUGGAGUCCAGGUCCGGACGGUUGGUUCAAAGCCUGUGGAAGAUUUAUCCAACCUCAAUAUUGUGCUGACUUCUGGGAAUCAUCAAGCGGACUAUCAGAAGGCAUUGUAUGCACUACUGCUGAAAAUAAAAGCUUCAAAAAAUGCUGCAGUGACACCCUCCUCCUGUUUCAAGGAAGGACAUGUUGUGUUUGGAACAGAUAAAGCAUGCAAAGAGAUGUUGGAGAAGAGCGAGUUUCUUCCUUCCCACGGCACUCAUGGUGUUCUCAUGUAUGAUAGACUAAGACCAAAGGCAGGACAGUACACAGAAGAUGUACACUUCUCAGCGACAGAAGUUUUGGGCAAGGGAAACUUUGGUGAGGUAAAGCUUUGUCAGGACAAGACUACCAAGGCCAAGUUUGUCAGGAAACAGAUGACAAACGACUACAGGAAAUCGGAGGUUGAAAUCAUGAUGUCGCUGAAGCAUCAAAACAUCACCCGAUUUUACGGUGUGAUUAAGAGAGAGGGCACAGACGAAAUCCUGAUGGAAUACUCCGGCACAUCAUUGCUGUUAUUUACACUGAUGCCAGAUACUCAACACCUUGUGACAGAAGAGUUCAUUUCAAACGUCAAUCGUCAGGGCCUGUCUGCUAUCGCCUACUUAGCGAUAUAUGGCAUCAUUCAUCUGGACAUAAAGCCGGAAAACACCUGCAUUUUGGAGACAGCUACAGGGUGGACGGUGAAACUAACAGACUUUGGCUCAGCCAAAAUGCCGCAUGAUCAACUCAGCUACAAUGGAUGGACCGCUGAGUACAUGUCCCCUGAGGCCUGUAUCAACUUUUUGAAGUGUCGGUUCCCUCAAAUGUCUGUGAAAGAAGGUGAGGUCUGGACAGUAACGUCAAAGAGCGAUGUGUACGGGUGGGGCCUCACAGUGAUGUUCAUGUACAGGAAGCUUCAUCUACUGAUUCAUGCGUUUACCGGAGGUCAGAACAACUACAAGAAUGUGGCUGACCCUGCACAAGUCAAACUGCUGAUCAUCAUAUCGAUGGCGCGUGACCCAGACAUGGUACGGAACUGUUUGAUUCCAGAUGACUGUAGCCAGGACAUGAAACAACUACUGUGUGGCCUGUUGGCUGGAGAUCCGACACAACGACUGUCAGCCUCCGAAGCUGUCACAGCAAUAGACAAAAUAAGUACUGACAAAUUACUCUCCACGAGGAACCCAUUCAUUGACCUGUCGGAGAACGAUCUGGAUUGUUUCAUCUACGAGCCAUCAGAGGUCUCCUCACCCGCUCCGGGACCUACCCGAUUCCGUCGCCCCAGUUCUGUGUCCAGUUGUAUGUCAAGCCAGGGAUCAGUGUGCAGCACGGUAUCCUAUACCUCCAAUGCUAGUGUUUCCAAAAAGAGCGGCCCUUAUAAAGGAUCACUGCAGAAUGGUACCGGGAGAAAUAGGCGGCGAAUUGUGAAGAAGAAGCUGAGAGACAGAAUCGAAAGUCCAAGAAAUGACGGAUUCGAAAAUCUCGUGCCUGCUACAGAUCUAGAUGGCAAUAUUCCUGAUUUUUCAGCUCUUGUUUAAGUGUCAUUGUGACUUAACUUGAGUGUCUAUUGAAUGUCAAUCGUGUCCAAAAGGAUUUAGGCUUACGAGGCUGGACUGUAGUAUAUCCACCAAAUAUUUGCCUCUCAAUAUGCCCUUGUCACAGAAUUUUAAAUUUUUCAAAUUGUGGAGACGAAAUAAUUUGAAUUGGAAGUUGUUUUAAUGCGUCCUACAAAUUGUCUUUCAACAUUUUAGCAUAGUUUCUUCUGAAAGCAAUGUCUACAAGUAAUUGAAACAUUUCAUAUUGUUUUGGUUGAUUUAAUUUUAUGUUGUAUUUUCAUUAAUUUGAAAUUUGAAAUAAUUAUGAAUUAAUUAAGAAGAUCUUGUGUAUUUUAAUACUAAAACCAUAGUUACUUAGCAUUAUGAUUCAUUGAUUACAUAUAUAGGAUUUUAACAAGUUUUGAGAGAUUGAUAUCUAAUAUAGUUAGGAAUCUGUGGACAAGUGACAUGUUGAUAGAAAUGGACAGACAAAGGAUCGGAGGACACCUCAUAAUGAUCCAACAGUAUAUAAAAAAUAAAAGGAAUUUAAUUCCAACAAAAAAAUAAAUAAAAAAUAAAAGGAUUUAAUUCCAACAAAAAAAAAAUGUGGGGGUCUCUAGGUAAGUAAUUACAUGUAUAAUGUCUAUUAUAAUGUAGGGAAACCUUCCAUGAUAGAUGGAAAAUCACUAAAGUGCUAUUUUCUGGUGGUAUUGUUUAUCCUCAGAUAAGCCCCUUCCCCUUUGUAAGAGUUAAGUAUAAAGUUUGGAUAGGGGAGACUUAUUUGUGAACAGUUUUUAGCUUAAUAUUGCAAAAUUGAUGAUUCUGCAAAAAUGAAGAAUGGUGCUUAUUUCUGGUCAGGGGCUUAUUUGCAGAUAAAUGCGUUAUUAGCAAGUAUUAUGUGCCAUAUACAUUGUAAAUGUUAUGUGUUAGACUGUCAUCAUUGAAAUAGUCCAGAAAAGAGGACUUUAAACUAGUGAUUCGGAGAGAAAUAUGUCAAAAUUUAAAUGGUUUGAUUAUCUGACAAUCAUGUUUUAUAGAGAGUUUCUGGAUCAUGUUUAACAAGUCUUAAAUCCAGGCAUAAAAUGUCGUACAAAUCAGUAGGAAGAAAAUAUCUGGAGAGAAUUUCUAGAUCAUGUUGUUAAUGAGUCUUACAUCCAGGCAUAAAAUGUCGUACAAAUCCGUAGGAAGAAAAUAUCUGGAGAAACUUAUAUCCAGGCAUAAAAUAUCGUACAAAUCCGUAGGAAGAAUAUUAUCUGGUGGCACUAGUAGCCAUUAUACAUGUAAUUUGAAAUGUUUGUGUGUGGUAAGUUGUAUACAUGUAUAUAUAAAUAUAUUUAGUUUAGAUACUGUCAUAUUUUUAUCUCUUUCUUUCUUUCUUCCAAAAAUGGGGGGGGGAGGUAUAUAUAGGUAAAGCAUUUCAUAAUAUAUUUUUAUGUAUCUUUAGAUAUAAAUUAAAGGUUGUUUUGAUUGUUAAAUAGUAGACCAACAAGUUGCAAUGUUAUUUCUAACCAGAACUGUUCAGAUAUUUUUUUUUUUAAUUUGUGCAAUACUGAUCAGAACAAAUCUCGCAAUACCUUUGUUGACCUGUCAAGUGUGACCUGGUGACCUCAAUGCCAAGGUAUAUAUACCUGCUAAUAAAGCUAAUUGAAAACAUUUGGAUGUUUAGGUAAAAUUAUUGAAAUAUGCAAGUAUUCAGAUUGUAUAGAGAAAAUGAAAUUUAAAAAAAAAAUUGGUAACUGGUUUAGGGAGCUGUUAGUAUGGGUAGGAGUUUGUCUACCUGAAGUUCAGCAGUGUUCUCAAGCUUCACCCAAUUUUGAUUUGGGUCAUGAUAGAUCAUACCAGUAUUGUUUAAAAAUUGUGACUGCCAAGGGUAACUGAUUAUAAAGAAUAUUUUGGAGACCGUGUAUUGGACAAACUGACAAUUAUUACAUGUAUAUAAUAGAUGAAUGGUUUAUUGUUUGCUAAAUGAGCUGAUGAUCAACUGGUUACAAAUUUCAUUGCUAUUAUUUUGAUCUUUUUCAAAAAAAUAUGAUAAUGAUAAUUAGCAAUUAAAUAUUGGCAUUAACUUAUGUACACAGGAAAAUGAAUUUGUAGUCAGCAUGGUUUUGGGUUUCCGGUAGAACUUUAUUAUGAAGUAGCUUACCAGAAAAAAAAAUUUGUAUUUUGCUUUGAAUAUUUUCUGGGCCCAGACUAAAAAAUAUCUUUUUCUUUAUUUGAAAUUUAAUUUUGAAUUUAUAUAUGGUACUAGAUGAUAUAACAUAGUUCUACUAGAAAACAAACAUCAUGUUUUGAUUUAAAAGUUCUCUUCUUUUGUUUAGGUCUCUUGUUUGGAAUAAAUCUGUCUUUUCUAAAAAAAAAA